AUGUGGGGGGUCAAAGCCGCCGCCCGGUUGAAGAAACAGCGCGAAAGUACUGCCGGUGCCGUAGAUACGACCACGAUCCCGGGGUUUUCGAAAUGGUUUGCGCAGGAGGUUCAUGUCGAAACGAAAUUAAUCAAAUCCAGUGUUGAUCAGUUGGGUUUGGCAAUGAUGGAGCACAACGAGUGGAUCAACGAGGUGAUGAGUGAGCUCAAUCUCUCGUCAGAUACGAGCGAUUCGCUGAUGGUUGAGGAAGAGAAGGAGAACGACGAGAGUGUCAUGAUGCUUCUGCGUUCGCCAGCGAAGUUCAGAAGGGAGCACUCUCCCGUGAAAGAGAUCCGCUCCAAAGAAAUACAAAUGCUCAGGGAGCAGGUGAACAUUGUAAAUGAGGAGGAUAUCCGUCCGAGGGUUUCGCCACCUGUGGAGGAGCCUGAAAAGGUGGAAGAACACAUCGAACACGAACAGGAAGAGCAACCACAACCAGAAAUAAGUCAGCUCGAGGAUCAACAACCAAACAAUUCUUCAGAGUCUCCAAGUCGUGUAGAGCUACCGGCACCAUUGGAGUCUCCAAAACAGCCAGUUGUGGAAGAACAGGAACCAGAACAGCCACACACCGUGAAGGAACCAAUCACCAUUUUGCCAGUGGAAAAGUCGCCAUCUCCAGUUCGUGUAAUAAGUCAACCAGUUGUUUCGUCCUCGCCCGAAAAGGCUUUGUCCGAUGCCGGAUCAUCUGAUAUCUCAUUUGACGCUAUAUCAAAGAAUAUCCGGAAAUCGUUCGCUCGCAAAACAAUGAUGCACGAGGAAUCAUCUCCAAAGGAAGAGUUUACCCGUCCUAUUGUUCACGAAACUGUCGCCACCACACCUACAGAUUAUGUUCCGAAACAAACAGAAAAGUCUGAUGCUGUGGGUGAUGAGGGGUCUGUGUUACUCGACGAGGGUGAUAUCAUGCUCAGUGAUAUCGACAACGAGAUCAGUUUCCAGAUCGGCAAACUAGAAAAAAUCGAACUGGCCCAAAUACGCAUUCCUUUGAAAACCGACGCGCAAUCGAGCAAGCUACCAAAUAUCAACAACAGCACGACUCCGAAUGCUGGACGUUCACCGAUUAAAUUUGCAGAGUUGCCCUCUCGAGAGCCAUUACUAGUCAAGUCCAACAAAAAGAAAUCGCUAAGGAAGUCAAUCCAUCAGGUACAAAAAAAACCCACAAAGGUUUCUAGAGGACCAGCACAUGCAUUAAUGAGAGAAGAAGCACGCGAAGAACUUUCACCGUUCAAAGACUAUGGUUCAUCCAAUUCCAGCAUUAAUAAACAGCCAUACAAUCUGCGGUUACCUCCAAUCAACGAUGCGUCGCCUUCGAACACUGGUAGCAGCGAGCCCACGAUCAAGAUCAAUAGAGGAUUGGUUCACAGGUCUUCACCAUUACGCAACGAGUUAUCCAAGUCUCCUGUCAAGUCUCCGGCCAAGUCACCAAGUAAACCUGCGCAGACAAACUUAUUCUCCAGACUAAUGGCUCCUACUGAAGCCAGUACUAAGAGAAUUAAGGCUUCACCCAUGAGAGAAGAACAGAGAAAGUCUCUAGUCCAGACGGAGGUGGCCGAGCCAAUGCGGAAAAGUCAGUUGCUCGCUCCGAUCAAGCUUGAAAAGUACGAUGAGAUUCCAAGAUUAACAGAGUCUCCAUCAAAGCCCAAAUCGUUUGGUUUUUCGAAAUUGGCAAAACCACAAACCGAAAGACUAGCUCAGACUGACAAGUCUUUACGCAAGUCGAAGAUGGAAUUGAGAUUGCCUCACGAGCAGAGCAAAUCGAAGCUUCCGCUGACGGAGCAGAUGUUGCAACCAAGCAUGGUGCGAUCGCAGUUUGGUCUUGGAUCACCGGACGCUAAGAGUCUAAUUGAUCUGAGCAAGAAGCUGGAGAAAAGAAAGAAGUCCGAGCAUCUUCUACAGAACAAAAAGCAGCGCACUGAUAUCAAGCUGAGACAAAUUUCGGUCAAUCAUCCGAAGCUUAAUCGGCUACCAGAGCCUGCUGGAAAGGUUGUUUCUGAGAUACCUAUCAAGAAAGCGCAAAAACCUACGAUAUUGGAGGCUCACGAGUUGCCGGAAAUCAGUUCUGAUAACGAAGACGAUGAUGGAUUAAAACAGCUGGCUUCGUGGGGGACGAACGCGAAUAUCAAACAACUCCUUCGUCGCCAAGCGAAAACCGACCCAAGCAGCGUGUUUGGACACAUUAACAAGAUCAAUUGCUCUGAGAUUUUCGAGAGAAGUCACUACGGGAACCUCAACAUCAGAUGGAACGAGGGCGACCUGUUGGGACAGAGAGAAAUCGAGGAGUACGAUCGUAAGAUGGGGUAUAGAUAA